AAUAUUCUGAAACUUCACUUCUCCUCGCACGCACUCUCACUAUUUGAUUCGAUCACACACUAAUUUAAACUCGAACCCUAAAUUUAACGCAUUUCAACAUUCGACAAAAAUGUACUCGUGUAUUCCCCAUAACAUUUCUCUCCAUUUUCACUACUCAACAACUUCCCCAAACUCGAAGUUGUUCGCUUCGCGCAAUUUGAAGAUUCGCGCUGUUUCAACUACGGAGAAUCACGCUUCUACUUACAUUCCUGCUGCUCCCAUUUUUCUUCCCGAUGGACCUUGGAAGCAGAUUCCAGGCGGAGUUACUGCUGCAGAGGGGUUCAAAGCUGCAGGAAUGUAUGGAGGGUUGCGUGCCGUAGGAGAAAAGCCUGAUCUUGCACUUGUCACCUGUGAUGUUGAUGCCAUAUCUGCAGGGUCAUUCACGACUAAUGUGGUUGCUGCUGCUCCGGUGUUAUACUGCAAAAAGACGCUAGACAAUUCAAACACUGCACGUGCUGUGUUAACUAAUGCAGGUCAAGCAAAUGCAGCUACGGGCGAAGCAGGUUACCAUGAUGUGAUAGAAUGUGUGGACAACCUUGCAAAGUUACUGGGAGUGAAGCCAGAAGAAGUAUUAGUUGAAUCCACUGGUGUAAUUGGUCAAAGAAUAAAGAAGGGGGCACUUUUAAACUCACUUCCCAUACUAGUGAAUUCGCUAUCUUCUUCAGUUGAGGGGGCAGAUUCUGCAGCAGUGGCAAUCACCACAACAGACCUUGUUAGCAAGAGCGUGGCAAUUGAGUCUCUGGUUGGAAGAACUAAGGUCAGAAUUGGAGGAAUGGCAAAAGGUUCUGGAAUGAUCCACCCAAAUAUGGCUACUAUGCUUGGGGUAAUAACAACUGAUGCCUGGGUAACCAGUGACGUUUGGAGAAAGAUGGUUCAGGUUGCUGUUAAUCGAAGCUUCAACCAGAUAACUGUAGAUGGAGAUACUAGUACUAAUGAUACUGUUAUUGCUUUGGCUAGUGGGUUGUCUGGGAUAAGAUGUAUUUCUUCUCUAGACAGUGAUGAGGCAAUUCAACUUCAGGCAUGCCUAGAUGCGGUAAUGCAAGGUCUUGCCAAAUCUAUAGCUUGGGAUGGAGAGGGAGCAACAUGCCUCAUUGAGGUCAGUGUGACUGGUGCAAAUAGCGAGGCUGAAGCUGCAAAAGUUGCUCGUUCAGUUGCAUCAUCUUCAUUAGUAAAGGCUGCUGUAUAUGGUAGAGACCCUAAUUGGGGACGCAUUGCCGCUGCCGCUGGUUACUCGGGGGUUGCUUUCCACCAAAAUUUACUCAGGGUAGAGCUGGGGAAUAUUUUACUAAUGGAUGGUGGGGAACCACAAUCCUUUGACCGGGGCGAGGCUAGUAGUUAUCUGAGAACGGCUGGGGAGACUCACGGUACAGUUAAAAUUCAGAUAUCCAUUGGCAAUGGGCCAGGACAAGGACAAGCAUGGGGCUGUGAUUUAAGCUACGAUUAUGUCAAAAUAAAUGCGGAGUAUACAUCAUAACCAAGCGAAAAUGACACGUACUGGCAUAAUUAUGAUUGUGCACUAUUUAUUUUGUUUCAUCAAGAAAACCAUAGUUAUAUAAGUUAUACUGAAAUCAGCUCAUAAAGGGAUUGGCUAGUUUUAAUAAAAGGUUCAUUAGGGAGUUGUUUUCAGAUGUACCACUUUGUAUUUACUCUUUUUAGUGUUGAAUAUAAUCAACAAAUUUUUGUUAUGAUAUCAAAUAUAAGAGAAAUUCAACUAUCAUCACUUUUUUAAGGUUA